UUGUCAAUACAAGACAAAUAAUAUUCAAUAUUCAUUCUUUCUUCUUUAAACUUUGUUUAGGCUAAUGUUUAGAAAGGUGUAAUUCUGGUUUAAAUCUUCAAACAUACAAACAAAAAAUUUAAAAAAUGGUCCGGUAUGCGCGUGAACCAGAAAAUGCCGCAAAGUCCUGCAAAGCUAAGGGCUCAAAUUUGAGAGUCCAUUUCAAGAACACAUGUGAAACUGCAAACGCAAUUAGGAAAAUGCCGCUCAAAAGAGCUGUGGCGUAUUUAAAAAAUGUAAUAACACAGAAAGAAUGUGUUCCGUUUAAAAGCUUCAACGGUGGAGUUGGUCGUUGUGCUCAAGCUAAACAAUUUGGUAUUACUCAGGGAAGGUGGCCCAAAAAGUCAGCAGAAUUUCUUUUGCAUCUGUUACGAAAUGCUGAAAGUAAUGCUGAUUAUAGCGGACUUGAUGUAGAUAGAUUGGUGGUAGAACAUAUCCAGGUAAACAGAGCUGCUUGUUUGAGACGUCGUACAUACAGAGCACAUGGUAGGAUCAAUCCAUAUAUGUCUUCACCCUGUAAUAUCGAAUUAUGGUUAACUGAAAGAGAAUCUACACCAGAUAUUCCCAAAAAGUAUUUGCAAAAGGGGAAAUCUGACAAAGUUAAGAGAUCUAAAUAAAGCAUCUCAUUAUGUGACCCAUUAUUAAUUUAUACACAAUUACAUUUAUAGUUUUGACUUUUUUCAUUGUUCCCUGUGUAUUUGCAACUUACCUAUUUUGUAUCCUAUAAUAA